CUCGAGAGUUUCUGGCCAACAAAGAAAGCUCGUGCUUGUGAGCAACCUAAUUACGUAUAAAAGAAUACGUACAUUCGCCUAGACUCGCCUAGACUCGCCACCCAACAAUUGUAUUUGACUUGCAGUUUCGUGCGAUCAUGGCAAAGGGAAAAGCCGGCGGCGGGGUGCAGAACAGGGCCAUCUACUCGCGCAUUUCGUUCCUUCAACAAGCAGCCAUCGCUCUUUCUGCGAUCCCGCACUCACCCGCGGACUCGGACACACCCUCCACCACCAAUCAUCUUUCUUCCACCGAAGUCAUAACCCGUGACACUGGCUCUGUAAAGGCUCUCAAUGGCAUGAGCAGGAGGUUGGCGACCGAUUUACGAGCCGUCUCCCUCAAGACCAGGAUCCGCCUUAAGCCGGCAGUCAAGCAGAGCAUUUGCAAGUUCUGCGACUCAACGCUCAUUGACGGGCAGUCUUGCACUUCGGAAAUUGAAAACAUAAGCAAGGGGGCGAAGAAGCCAUGGGCUGAUGUUCUGGUUCGCAAAUGUCACACGUGUGGAAGGGCAAGGAGAUACCCGCUUAGCGCAACUAGACCGAAGCGGAAGACAGAACGGGAGCUUGACAAAAGCAGCAGUCAUCCGCAAAUAAAAAACCAAGAAGGUUAAUGCCGUCUCAAACAUCAAACAUCAAUUUCCCGCAGUCUUAAUCUCAUUAUUCGGCUGGGCGGUGUUGGCACUCGCGAGGAGCAGGGUAUGGCCAGAACGACGCCGCUAUCGAAGGAACUGCACUGCUGUGGCCGCUGAACUCUAACCCAUACCACGAUCUGGGGUCGCUCCCAACCCGCCCCGAAAACUCCUGCCG